CCGCCGCGCACCCGUCCUUUCCUUCCGUCAUUUCCAGCUGGCCUCCAGAGCCAUCUUUGCGCUUUCGGUCGAUGCCUUUUAUUUUUUAAUAUUAUUAUUUAUCUUGGCGCUCAUACACACAUAUAUAUAUAUAUAUAAAACAAGGUGCUCUUUGAGAGCGACAUUUUUCCCCGCAGGGAGGACCACCUUUUAUGGAAUAAACCCUGGACGAGAUGGAGCCUAUGACUCUGGGAUCGCCGAUGCACAGCCCUAUUCAAGGUUCUGCCAGUCCAGGAGGUUCCUCCCCAUAUUUGCCGAGUUUUCUCUUGGGCGACACUAACACUCCAGGAAAGAUGAACGUGACGAGUCCUCAAGAAAAUCCACGUCACUUGAACAUCUCCAACGCCAAUCUGAUGUCGUCGGUCUCCUAUGGAUCCCCAGAUUACCGAUCGAAUCGUCAGAAGGCAAUAUUUGGCAACACUACUACCACUCCUAGCACGCCACAAAUGAGCACGAAGAAUCAUGCCGGGGGGCCGCCAACGCGCGGACUGUUUGAUACUCUGGAGGUGAUGCACGCCUCGUCGCCAGCCAUGUCAGUUGCAAAUCCAGCCGCUGCAACUACGCCCAUGAAUCAUUCCAAACUCGUGACGAAUACGUUGGCCAGUCCGCUGAUGUUUGCCGACAGUUCGAUAAACUUGAGCACGAGCGAGUCCCAAAGUCUGUUGCAAUGGGUGACCGUCUUCGGCUUCUUGCCGAUUGAUAUCAAUGCAGUUCUGUCUUACAUCUCCAGUAGAGUUCGUAUAGUGGACAAACAUCCGGCCCCGCAACCCCAAAGCAAUUGGAUACACCUCAAGUGCGCGUCGGAACAGGAGGCGCAAAAGGCUCUUAUGUGCAACGGCAGUAUCGUUUCGGGCACAAUUAUGAUUGGCGUCAUACCGUGUACGGACGAGGGUGUCGUUCUGGGCUGCGAUAAGGAAAAUCGUGCCAAGUUGAAUGGGAGCGUGAGGUCGCUUUCAAUGGGUAGAAUCGGUCAAUCCCCAAGGGUGGAGUCGUUCAACGCGUCGCCUACCGCGAGACGACGGAAACUCAGAUCUUUAGCAGUGGGUUACAAUCAACAUUUUAACCCGCAAGUCGUGCAAGUGCCGGAGAAUGUGCCACAAAAGUCGGCCAGUUUUGUUUCAAAAGCGAUGGAAUAUAUGUUUGGUUGGUAGUUGUUUUUUUUUUCCUCUUUUUAAUAAUAAUUAUACUUAACAUUGUGAAAUAUGUUGAUGAAGAAUUGUAGAAAGGAAAUUGCCAAGGACAAUAUAUGAAUCUUUUGGAAAGAUAUUUGAAUUUGAAGCCUAAACGAAAUUGCUAUCUAUUAUCUUAAAAAUAAACUUUUCCAUAUUACGAUUAUGGGCGCCUCUGUAAA